CGUGUUUACGGUUGCAUAUGUUCUCUCAAAUUGCGCAAAACGUUUUUAUCUUUCGUUCGGCAAAUAUCUAUGCGAGUAAGGAACUAAUGAUAACGUGAUUCCGUUAACAUUUUCUUGUGGAGAAACGAAAAAGAAGUGCUUUUUUUCGAACAAUCUGUCUCCGCUUGUUGUUAAACCGGCCGGCCGGCUUUUUCGCGCACCCGCACCAAGUGACAAAAAUCUUGAGCAGACCAGCGAUCAGAAAUAAAGACGGUGGCGUCAACAUCGUUGCAACUUCCUUCCGGACCGCCUAUGAACAGCACAUAGAGGAAUCUCCUGUCGAAGAACGGAAAUCGCGAGUGAAAACCCCGAAAGAGGGAAGUAGUAAACCUGCGGACGACGCUGUAGCUUGGCGUCGCGGCGCAUGCGUUACACUUGGCGCCGUGCUAUCGCGAUUUUACAGUGCAAGUGCGGAGAGGAGAGGAGACGAUCGAAGAAUGUGCACAGCUGGGCGAUUGAUCCUGUGCGGUUGGCAUCGUGAGCUCAGUCGUAUAUGAACCGUCGAGUGAAUCGUGUCGGUGUCGCCACCUGACGAUCGAACAAGUUCCGAACAAGAAACACGAUCGCGAACAGCCGUUUUUCACUUCAUUUUCUCUUUUGUUUCUCUAAAUCAAGUUUCUCGUACACAAUCGAAAUCGCUCGUGGUCUUAAAAAGUUUUUAUCCUUCGUUCUCCAGAUAUCUGCGAGAAACGGACGGUAACGCAGUAUCGCUAUUAUUUUGUCACCUCUCCGCCGGUGGUGGGCGGGAGUGAAGUAAGCGCCGUUUCGUGAACAGUCUGUUUCCAGAGAAGCACAACGACGAAAUAUACAGCCUGCGGUACACAUAAAUCUGCGCGUUACAAAGAAGAGGUUAUUUGUUCCGUUCGACGACAACGAGGACAGGCAACGCCGACAAACGUGACGUAGGCAGCAGGAGCAUGUGAAAAUGGAUUUUAAGAGCGUGGUGUAUAACGCUGCGAGGGACGGCAAACUCAAACGGCUCAAGGUGUUCUUGGAGCAUCGGGGCAAGGAUGAGGUAGGGCAGUUGGUCGGAGCCAAAACCCAUGGCGCAACGCCCUUAGUCAUGGCAUGCCGGAACGGGCAUUAUGAUGUGGCAGAGUACCUGAUUGAAAAAUGUGGGGCGGAUGUGGAGCAGCCUGGAUCAGUUGUUUUCGAGGGCGAGACAAUCGAGGGUGCACCACCCUUGUGGUGCGCAGCAGCCGCUGGUCACCUAGCACUAGUAAAACUCCUGGUGCGACGAGGAGCUAAAGUAAACUCAAUCACGAAAACAAACUCCACGCCUCUGCGGGCCGCAUGCUUCGACGGACACUAUGAUAUCGUUAAGUUUCUAGUGCAACACGGAGCAGAUAUCGAGAUGGCUAAUCGUCACGGACAUACAUGUUUGAUGAUCGCGUGCUAUCGGGGUCACGUCAAAAUCGCAAAGUUCCUACUCGCCCUGAAAGCAGACGCGAACCGCAAGUCCGUGAAAGGCAAUACGGCUCUACAUGACUGCGCUGAGAGUGGAUCCUUAGAGAUACUGAAGGUACUCGUCGAGCACGGUGCACAGAUGGACGUCGACUCCUACGGGAUGACGCCACUCCUCGCGGCAGCAGUAACAGGUCACACGCAUAUCGUCGAAUACCUCAUAGGCGUUCCGCAAUUGUUCAGCAGGAAGGAGCGUAUCGACGCGCUGGAGCUGCUCGGGGCUACGUAUGUGGACAAAAAAAGGGACAUGAUAGGCGCUUUACAAUUCUGGAAACGAGCCAUGGAUGAGCGGUAUCGAGGAGAUGGCCCGGUAAUAUCGAAACCCGAAUCUCCGCCCCCUGUAGCCGCUUAUGAUUUCGCCCGAGAAGUGACCACACCCGAAGAUCUAGACGAUCUGCUGGCAGAUCCCGAUGAGAUGCGCAUGCAGGCGUUGGUGAUUAGAGAACGAAUAUUAGGUCCGGCUCAUCCGGACACGAGCUACUACAUCAGGUACCGCGGAGCGGUUUACGCUGACGCGGGUAAAUUCUGUCGCUGUAUCGAACUGUGGAACUACGCCCUCGACAUGCAACAGAGCAUGUUGGAGCCGCUGAAUCCUAUGACGCAGAGCUCUCUAUUCAGUUUCACCGAACUAUUCAGCUUCAUGGUGGGCGAAGAAGGUAGACAAACAGCCAGAGGUCGUCGGGUACCGCCGGUGAAGAGAGAAGACCUCUUGAGAGUCUUCGAGAAGGCUGUUAACGAAGUGGGAAAAGGAAAGCAGCUGUUGGACAAGAUGGGCGAUCUGGCGUGCGAGCGAGACCUAACUUUCUUAAACAGGGUCCUCGUCAUCACCUUGCAUUUGGCGUGCUUGUUAACGCGCGAGACCGGGGAGAAAGAUAGCGAGGAGUACAUCACUUUACACAAGGAAAUCUACAAGCUAAUCCGAAUAAACGCGAAAGGCAAACAGGGCCGCGAUGCACUACAGUUGAUCCAUAGCGAGGACGGUGCGUUGGUCGGCAGGUAUCCCACUUGCAAAUUCCCUUCACCUCACUUGACCAAGGCCUUGCUGAGAGUAGGCGCGGACGUGGCGGCUAAGGAUAACGACGGAAACACGGCUCUUCACUUGGCCGCCCUACUGCGCCCUUGGCAACCGAAUCUAUCGAUCGAUCUGCUCAAUGCCGGUGCGCAUCUUGACGCGGUUAACAAGGACGGUAAAACGUUCGAAAUGCUGUUGUGCGACAAGCAACUUUACGACUCGAUCCAACCGUUGAGAUACACCACACUCGCAUGUUUGGCCGCGCGAGUAGUCAAAAGGACGCAGGGGAUCAGCAGAGUACCUCAUCAUCUUCGUGCUUUCGUCGAGAUGCACUAGCAAUGCCGAGCGGCCGUGAGCGAGCGCGUGUGAGUAACGUGACAUCAUCGGUAAGACACUGUCGAAUGUCUUAUCUUAGUCGACUGAUUACAAAGGAAAUUGAUUGACCACGGGAGAGCAAUGGUGAUAAAUUGGGCGUUGACGAACACCCAAUUCGUUAUUCAUUCAUUUUAGUAUUGAGACUCUCCUUCUUGUAUACAAGGUGCCCUAUUGGAUAAUACAGUAAAAUAUCGGAGAAACAUAAUGUGCUUCCGGAAAAAAAUGUCUUGGAUAAAAGUUGGAGGAUUUGACGUGAAAGAAGACGAUCUAAUACUGAUCUUCAAUUGAUUUCUGCAAACAUUGAUUUUUAAAGUAUUUUAAAUAUUUAAUUAAAAAGCUUGCAAUCUUUAUUAUUGUAAGUUAUUAUAGGCGAUAGCGUUUACAAUUUUUUUCGGAAAUGCAUUAUUUUCAAAAUAUUAUGGUGGUUUGUUUAAAAUAGACAUCUUGUAGUGUUUUUUUAUUCUCGCAUGACUAUGAACAUGAAUAAUCCCAAAGAGAUCUCUUGAUAAUUUGUUUUGCAACUCAAGAUUUCAUAAUAAUUUUUGCGAAAUUAUUUAUUUGUAUUUUCUAACAAUUUCUCGCUUGCAUUGCUCUCUUUAAAUUGAGGUAAGAAAGUUCAGGUGGACUUGGUCGAUAAAUUUUGAUCUCUUUGCUUUUUUGAUACUGGUUCGCAAUGAUAUGAAAUAAGAUGAAUAAACUGGACGAGUAUUCAUCGGCAUUACAACACCGUGAUAACGUGGAAAUAUUGAACAUUGUGAUUUUAAUUAUUACGAAACUCGGCUAAUUAAAAAGGCCUCUCCCUUAUACAUAAACCCCGCGCAAGCCAUAUUAUUAUAUAUUAUAUACAUACAUACCAUGUUAAACGCGUAAGCCAUAACGUCGACGAGCAACGAUUUGUUCAAGACGGCGUUGUGAAUUAAAAAAAUACUUUGGUGUAUAAUACGACAGAAUUCAAUGUUAGACAUUUUGUCAACAGUGGACGAGGUUUUGGAACAAUGAUUAUAUCAGAUGUGCGUGAUGGACGAUCCGUUGUCUUCCGAUAGGUUGAUUUCGGUCGCCGUUUAGCACGUCUUUGAGCGGUCGAUUCUGUCGGACGUCAUCGUUGAACUAGAUGUAGCUCGUUCAAAAACCAAAGUCGGGUUUACUCGAAAAAAACUUUACUGUUUUGGCCAAAAUCAUUUCGAUAAAUGUUCUUCUGGUGCGAUCGAUUAAAAUACAAAAAAAGAAACACUUGGUCCGUCCGCACAUUUCUUCACGUCCAUUUGUCACAUUAUACUAAACUAGCUCGAAUAUAUUGGCCGCGUUCAGCAGAACAACUGCGGAAUUGUCGUCUCGUCAACACUUAACGUUGAUUUGUUCUAAAAGUAAGAACUAAUCACGUUCGAUUGCUACUAAUUGUAAGCGGUUUGUUCUGCUGGACGCGCUCACUGUCCGAUUAUAACAGAAAUGCUAAUUAUUUUCAUGUCGAACUAUUUAAUUUCGCAUAGUGCAAAGAGAGAAUGACAGUACGGACAAAAAUUGAGAACGCGGAAGUAUUCGAUCAGUACUGACGAGAUAAAUCAAUUUGAUCGCACCAGUCAUUCGAUUAGAAUCCAUAUUAUUGCCCGCAAUCAUUUUAUUCAGGUCACUUCGUUUUUUUUUUUCCUAACGUAAAACAAUAUUUACGAAUCCUAAACACAUUGUAUGAUAACAUCUUCUUUUUCAUCGAUCGUUUUUUGAAUUUUAUUUUGUUUCCUUCAUUUUGUGAAAUGAUUCUGAUAGCGCUUAGAGAUAACAUAAAUGUAUGUCGAAUUCAAGUGUGUAACCUUAGAGAAAUAACUUUUUACCUUGCUGUAUAAAUAAAGAGAACAUUUGGAUUUGUAAUAAAAGUUUUCUGAUACUGAUAAAUAGUAAAUAGUGAAAUUUUACACUUAUAUGUGUCUAUUCUAAAUAAACGAAUACGAAAACUGC